UUUAUGUUGAAAUGACGCACGACAUUUUUGGAUGAAAAAUCCUGUCCGACGCGCUUCGGUGCCUCUGCAGCUCUGAAACGCGGAUUUGUGCGGCGCGUUUGGCGUCUUACUGAUUAAACAUACGCGUGAGUUGAGCAUUAUGUGUGUUAUUUAGUGUUUGUGGUGUGAAGUGAAGCCGCAGGGAGGAGAACAUCCGGCUGGUUAGCUGCGCUGCUAAGCUGCUGCUCGGGCUCUUAUUCCUGACUCUCGCCUUUGUUUGGAGAGAAAAACAGCAACGCGGGACGUUUUCGUGUCCAAACCUCGCUCUCUGCCUGUCCGGGGAGGAUUGUGGUUGAACAGAAGACCUCUUUUCCGAGCUGUCGCGGUGUUUUUGGAGUAAUUUGUGCUGAAACAUGUCGCUGCACGGGAAGAGGAAAGAGAUUUAUAAAUACGAGGCGCCGUGGACGGUUUACGCCAUGAACUGGAGCGUCCGGCCUGAUAAACGCUUUCGGCUGGCUUUAGGCAGCUUCGUGGAGGAAUAUAACAACAAGGUGCAGCUCGUGGGUCUGGAUGAGGAGAGCAGUGAGUUUGUGUGCAGGAACACGUUUGAUCAUCCGUACCCCACCACCAAGAUCAUGUGGAUCCCAGACACCAAGGGCGUUUACCCGGACCUGCUGGCCACCAGCGGAGAUUACCUUCGCAUCUGGAGGGUGAAUGACACAGAGACGCGUCUCGAGUGCCUCCUCAACAACAACAAGAACUCCGACUUCUGCGCUCCUCUGACCUCUUUCGACUGGAACGAGGUGGAUCCGAACCUUCUGGGCACCUCUAGUAUUGACACCACCUGCACUAUCUGGGGCUUGGAGACGGGACAGGUGCUGGGGAGAGUCAACCAGGUGUCAGGACACGUCAAGACCCAGCUGAUCGCCCACGACAAAGAGGUCUACGACAUCGCGUUCAGCCGUGCAGGUGGAGGCCGCGACAUGUUUGCGUCAGUCGGAGCGGACGGCUCGGUGCGCAUGUUUGACCUCCGUCACCUGGAGCACAGCACCAUCAUCUACGAGGAUCCUCAGCACCACCCACUGCUCCGCCUCUGCUGGAACAAGCAGGACCCCAACUACCUGGCUACCAUGGCAAUGGACGGCAUGGAGGUGGUCAUUCUGGACGUGCGUGUGCCGUGCACGCCUGUGGCUCGACUCAACAACCACCGCGCGUGUGUAAACGGCAUCGCCUGGGCCCCUCACUCCUCCUGCCACAUCUGUACUGCAGCGGACGAUCACCAGGCCCUGAUCUGGGACAUCCAGCAGAUGCCGCGUGCCAUCGAGGACCCGAUCCUGGCCUACACUGCCGAGGGCGAGAUCAACAACGUGCAGUGGGCCUCCACUCAGCCCGACUGGAUCGCCAUCUGCUACAACAACUGCCUGGAGAUCCUGCGUGUUUAACAGCGCCGCCGAGGCCGCCGCUGCUGCUGACCCCAGCUCUCCCACCAACACCACCACCACCACUGAGAGCGGGGCCAGUCCCAGCGAGAGCCACGACAACGGAGCCGCAGCGGGAGCCGGAGCCGGAGCCGGAGCCGGAGCCGGAGCCGGAGCUGGAGCUGGAGCUGGGGUCUGGUUUCUGUGCUGCUGCAAAGGAGUGGAGAUGGCAGGAGGACUCGGCUAAUGGACAGGAUUCUGGGUGUGUGUGUGUGUGUGUGUGUGUGUGUGUGUGUGUGUGUGUGUGUGUGUGUGUGUGUGUGUUUAUAGGGCGUACAUGAGAGAGCGUGUGUGUUUAUUUCAUUUGUAAGUCUUGACGUGUUGAUCUGUUUGUGUUAGAGCCGUUCGGAUCCUCUCUUUUUGGUUUGCAGUGUAGUUAUUCUGCGAUGGAGUGUGUAGAUAUUUCUGCAUUCAGAAACCUGAAUUGUGUUUUUUUUUUUGUUUGUUUGUUUUUUUUUAAAAAAGCAAAAAAAAAAACCCGAUGUUGCUCAGUGUAAAGCAUCCUGCAUUUCAAGUAGAAAAUGAAGACUAGUUACCAAGCAGCACUGAUAUUCGCUCAGAAUGAUGCUUUCUUUAAUUAGCUUAAAAAUAUUUUUAAAAAAAAAGGUGCCAUGUUUGUGUUCGAGGUUCUCCAAUGACUAAAUUUUAAUACCAAGCACAUGUCAUGACUGUAAGAACCGCUGCUAAGGUGGGUGUUUUAUAAUGACCGUAUUUUGACCAACAUGGUGCUGAUGCUCAAACUUUCCUGAAGAUAUUACUUCAUUUAACAAAACAAAAGUGGCAGAUUUGACGUCGUACGUCUGACAUGCAGGCGCGACAGGCAAGAAUUAUGUGCGCUGAGCGAAGUAUGCUUAUUUCUUCCUCGUUAAUGAUCAAAACCCUUCACAUCGUUCACGUCUUAUUUAAAUGGUGAUCAUGGAAGUAGCUCGUUCAGUUCGUUGUCAUAGCAACACAGGCAUACUCUCUACACGUCUCUGUUGUCAGCAGUUCUGUUUAGUGCAGGAGCUGAACUGAUUAAGUUCCGGUUGGUGGAAGUGCACUAAGCGAAGGGGAAAUGUCGUGUGUGUUUCAUAUCUGAGUGUGUGUUACGAAGGAACGGCGCAGUUGCACCACUUUUCAAAGUAAAAACUGGACUCUUUCUACUUUCCUCUACCCUUUUUUCCCACCAUUCAGAAGUUAACUCCCUGUUUUUUUUAGCAUGUUUGUGCUCGAUGUGAGAGAUGUACAUACAUAUAUAAAUAUUAUAAAUAAGCUAGGGGCAAGCGUUCACGUCGUAACUUUUGCAUACGGAUUCGCCGUUAUUUGCGGUCUGCCCGUGAACAUGUUCGGCUGUGAUGCAAGUUUAUUGUAACGGUGCGCUCACUGUUUCAGAACGAACUGUUCGGUGUUCUCUGAAAGAGUGUGUAUGUGAUUACAUCUGUGUGCCCAACUGCAACGUUUUUCUAUUAAUAAACUCGCAUUGUUCUUCCA